AUGCACCUCAUGCUAGGAGAGCUGUUGAGCCAGACAGACUGCUAUGUGAGCCUCUGGCUGCCUACCGCCUCUCGUAAGAAACGGAGGACUAGGACCAUCUCCAACUGCUCAAACCCAGAGUGGAACGAAAGCUUCAACUUCCAGAUCCAGAGCCAAGUGAAGAACGUGCUUGAGUUAAGUGUCUGCGAUGAAGACACAGCGACACCAGAUGACCAUCUCUUGACAGUUCUCUAUGACCUCACUAAGCUCUGCUUCAGAAAGAAAACCCACGUGAAGUUCCCCCUCAACUCACAGGGCAUGGAGCUGGAGGUCGAAUUCCUGCUGGAGGAGAGUCCCUCUCCACCUGAGGCCCUCAUCACCAAUGGCGUGCUGGUGGCUCGACAAGUCUCCUGCCUGGAGGUUCAUGAAGAAUCCAGAAGGCAGAGGAAGAGUGGGAAAAGGAAGGACCUCCUGGUGACAGUGACGGAGUCCUUCGAGAACACACAGCGCCUCUCACAACACCCAGACCCUUGCUGCCCAAACCCUGCCUGCUUCCACUACCCCAAGCAUUUCCAGUCCCAGAUGCAUGUGGAGGCUCCCAAGAGCCGAUGGAGCUGUGGGCUUUGCUGCUGUGGCACGCACAAGAAGCAUGGCCCUAUCUGCCAGCCCCUCGACUGCCUGCCUGAUGGCCAGACAAUGAGCCUGCCUGUGGCAGAGAACUGUGAAUUACACAUGAAGUCUACACCCUGCCCCCAGACACUGGAUGUGCGGCUGGGCUACAACCUAUGCUCGGAAGAGCUGGAGUUCCUGCAGAAGCGGAAGGUGGUGGUGGCUGAGGCGCUGAAGCAGGUAUUGCAGUUGGAGGAGGACCUGCAGAUGGAUGAGGUACCGCUCAUAGCCAUCAUGUCCACUGGUGGUGGCACAAGGUCCAUGACAGCCAUGUAUGGCCACCUGCUGGGGCUACAGAAGCUGAAUCUCCUGAACUGUUCCAGCUACAUCACUGGCCUGUCAGGGUCCACUUGGACCAUGGCUACCUUGUACAGUGACCCUGAGUGGUCCUCCAAAAACCUGGAGCCUGCCAUCCUCGAGGCCCGGAGGCACGCGGUCAAGGACAAGUUACCCACCCUGCACCCGGACCAGCUCUUCAAAUACCGGGAGGAGCUCAGGCAGCGCAGCCAGGAAGGCUACAAGGUCACCUUUACAGACUUCUGGGGCCUGCUGGUCGAGGCCUUUCUGGGGGACGAGACAAAUGAAUGCAAGCUGUCAGAUCAGCGUGCUGCUUUGAGCCAGGGCCAGAACCCCCUGCCCAUCUACCUCACCAUCAAUGUCAAGGAUGAUGUAAGCAACAAGGAUUUCAGAGAGUGGUGCGAGUUUUCCCCCUACGAGGUGGGCAUGCAGAAGUACGGGGCCUUCAUCCCCACCGAGCUCUUUGGCUCCGAAUUCUUCAUGGGGCGUCUGAUGAAGAGGAUCCCAGAGUCGCGGAUAUGCUACUUGCUAGGUUUGUGGAGCAGCAUCUUCUCCAUGAACGUGCUCGACGUCUGGGAUUAUUGCCAAAACUCAGAGGAUUUUUUCUACAGGUGGACGAGGGAGAGAGUGUACAACAUUGAAGAUGAUCCGCUCCUUCCUGAAAUCCCCAAAUGUGAGGCCAAUGUCCUGGACACCGCGGUGGUGACCCCAGCAUCAUGGCUGUCCAAUACUUUCCGCGAAAUCCUCACCUAUCGGUCCUUAGUGUCUGAGUUCCACAACUUUCUCUUGGGGCUGCAGCUGCACACUGACUACCUCCAGAACGGCCAGUUCUCCAUGUGGAAAGACACUGUGCUUGAUGACUUCCCAAACCAGCUGACAGAGUCUGUGAACCACUUGUGUCUAGUGGACACCGCAUUCUUCUUCAACGCCAGCUACCCACCCCUCCUCCGGCCAGAGAGAAAAGCCGACCUCAUCAUCCACCUCAAUUAUUGUGCUGGGUCCCAGACAAAGCCCAUGAAACAAAGUUGUGAGUACUGCGCCUUGCAGAACAUCCCCUUCCCCGAAUAUGACCUGCAAGAGGAGGGGAAUAGUAAUCUCAAGGAAUGCUACCUGAUGGAGAACUCCCAGGAGCCUGAUGCCCCCAUCGUGCUGUUCUUCCCGCUCAUCAACGACACCUUCCAAAAGUACAAGGCCCCAGGUGUGGAGCGAAGCCCUGAGGAGCUGGAGAAGGGCCAGGUUGACAUUUAUGGCCCCAAAACUCCCUAUGCCACCAAGGAGGUGACGUACACGGAGGCCGCCUUCGACAAGAUGGUGGACCUGUGCGAAUACAACAUCCUGAAUAACAAGGACAAGCUCCUUCAUGCCUUGCGAAUGGUAGUGGAGAAGAAGAAACUCCUGAAGAGCCAGUGUCCCCCUGAAGUCCCAGGGAGCUUCACCAAUCCUGUGUCUGCUUCCACUGUUGGGGGCAGGGACCCCAUCAGGGCUGACCAGCCCACAGAGUCGGCUCUGCUCUCUGGCCAGGGAUGCAGGCAAGCUAGUCUGGGCUCUCUUUCAAACAAUUAAAAUUAAAAAAGGUUGAGGGAGACAGAGAGAAAGAGGCACAGGAAAAUAACAAGGCAUGUAUUGGGGUUUCAUAGUCACUGGAAUUUUUUUAAACCUUUCCCUGUAGGGAAAGGGGUCCAAUAGCCACAGGCUCCCACACAUGCCUAAAGCGUGGAGGAAAAGAGCAUGGCCUGAGGAGGAGGCUGGUUCCCCACGAACCUCAGACUCAGAGCUGGAGCUCAGAGCCCUCCCCUCUCUACUCCUCUCUGCCUACUGGCAUGGAGGGCCUCAGGGAAUGCACAGGAGAACCUGAGAAACACUCUGGGUUCUCUGAAAAAACACUUCUUAAAUUUUCAGGUAAUUAUAUUCUUGUGAUUUUUGUAGGCAAUUAUAUUUUUUGGUUUUUAUUUCUAUGAGUCAUGAAUAGGGAGCAUGAUGCUAGAUGAUCUAGAUGUAGCACUAGAGGCAUUCUGGUCUCUUUAACAACAAAGCCAAACAGGUGACGGAGUUUCAGCAGCCCCUCUCCAGCCACUCGGAGCUCCAGGACUGGUGACCCCCAUGAUCCCUACCAGGCAGCCUCGUCUGAGCAUCCAGCUCCAGUGAGAUGCCAGGCAAAGCCCAAGUCUGCAGCUAACACUCAUGGAACAAGGAUCCUAGAUGCAGCUCAGGGAUGUCUGGGCAGGUAAAUGGACUUGGGCAUCAGAUAGGUGAUGCUGCCCAGUGCCACCCACUCCAAGAGGCCGGCGCUUGCUGACAAACCUGCUCUAGGAGCACGCCUCAGUUCUCUGUCACCCUCCCCUCUGUUUUCCAGAUGGGAUUAUUUAUUUCUAAAUGGGAUUUCUCUUAUGUAUUAUGUAAACACCAUGGCCAGCACAUCCAGCUCUUGGCAAGUCACCCUGAGAAAAUGAAACUAGGAAGGAUCUACCCAGAAAGGACUAGGUGAGCUCUGAGGAAGAAGCCUAUCCUUGGAGGUGGUUUCAAGGUGAAUUACUGGGGAAGCCCAAGAACACACAGAAGCCCCAUCAAAGCAUCCAGGUCUCCCGUCAGGCUGGGAAUGUAACUAAAAAAAAAUGUGUAACCUGAGCUACUGAGAUGCCCAGGCCGAUAGACAGUGUGACCAGAAAGGCAUGUGGUCUGUGUAAAACCCAGCAAACCUGGAAGACAUGCCCCUCUUUCUGGGUCACCAUGCUCCAUUAGUAGUCCUUUGGUGGUUAGGAGACAAAUGGGGACAGGUACCAAAAGUUUAGAAAAAUUGGCCUCCAAUUGACACCCUUGCUAUUCCUUGGUGGGGUACUGGUUAGAAACACAAAAUCUCAGGCCCCACGCCAGCCGUAUUGAAUCAGAAUCUGCGUUGUAAGGAGAUUCCCACCUCCUCUCCCUGUGCAUAUUAAAGUUUGCCUAUGCAUAUUAAAGUUUGAGAGGUGUGGAUUUAUGCCAUACUUUCCCAUAAGCCUGGGAAGCAUGAACAAUCAACUCCCCUGAGCCACUGACAAACUGGGUUCCUGGAUGCCCUAAACUGGUCGGUCCCCCCCCCAGACAACACUAACCUGGGACGCCACCUCACCCCCUCCACCAGAGCUGCCAACUGCCUCCACGUUGAUAACUUUUCCUUCCAUCUGCAACAAACGGGCUCUCCUUAAAUGAUCAGAGUGAGCCAUAUAGCAAGACCUGUUUGUUGUGAGGUGAAGGCAGCCCUGCCUUGGAUUCCUCAAAGUACGUAGAGUGAGGUUUCUAAAACCAUUGAAUUAUUCGAGCACGGAAUAAAAUGGC